AUGGAGAUUUUCCAUAAACCUUUUUUCCCUCUGCCCUUGAGCAUCAGGGUAAACCCGGGCUUGUAAAGUAGGAGAAGGGCGGGCACGAGCCUUCCUCAAAGUCCGUCAUUUUACUUUUGAUACUCCUUUAAGCCGUGAGGUUCAUCUCUCCUCAUCGCUGCAGAUCGAGGACAUCGAUCUACCUGGCCGCCGUUCUCCCCCGUGUCAUAAAAAAGUAAACGACAGAAGGCAAAAAACAAGCGGCUCUGCCAUCAGAUAAGCGGGAGUACAGUGAUGACGGCCAUGCUGAACCGUUACGAGUGGAGACGCUGAGGACGAACAAACUAACUGUCGUUACCUCCACCGCAGACAGACAAUCAACAAAACUUGCCCUGGGUGUUACGUCCAAUGGAUAUACCUUACGCUUUCGUACCCUCCCAUUCAGCCAACCGGACCAUCACCUCGGUCUACACCUCCUUGUGGGAAGGCAAUCUCUGAGACAUUGUUUUUGUUAACCGCUGCGAUAGACUGUGCUGCCCCGUACCCUGCGUCAGUAUGGUGAAAGUUGAUGCAGAGUUGCAAGUUGAUGCAAGUGCAGAGCGCUUUACACCUCUACACCCUCCGUUCCUCAGAUUCUACUAAUUAGCCCCAGUGCAAAAAUGAGUUGUGUCCUUGGGAAACUGUAAAUAUAGUCUUCCCCCACAACAACAGCCUUGUUCUUUCUUAUAUUAGAGGAGUCUGUAAGCCUUUGGGGGGUGCCCCAUUCCGUCCCACCAGUUCACCCCAGUAAGACCCAGAGGGCAGUGAUGAGGCGCUGAGACCAGAGAGGCUCGACGGCUCCUUGAUGAAGAUCCACACCGCAUGCAGAAUUCCAUGCGCUUCACCUUGCUCCUGAGAACCGUGGCCCGUCCCGCCCUCUACGGCCCCCCGAACCCAAGUCCGCCUGCUCGUACUCUGGCCCCCCCGCCGGCCCCGCCAUGCCCCCCUGGACCCGCGUCGCCCUGCUGCUGCUGCUGCACUGCGUGGCCUUAGCGCUGGGCCAGUACGAGCUGUGCAAGUCCCUGCUGAGCACGGACGAUGGCUCUGUGUGGGAGCACUACGCCUGCCAGCCCAAGACCGCCUCCAUGAAGGACCACAUGCGCAUCAAAGUGGACCCGCCGGGGAUAACGUGCGGAAACCCGCCCGAGCGCUUCUGCACACUGGAGAACCCGUACAUGUGCAGUGACGAGUGUGACGCCUCAAACCCCGACCUGGCCCACCCGCCCCAGCUCAUGCAGGACCAGCAGCGCACAGGGCUACUCACCUACUGGCAGACGGUCACCUGGAGCCGCUACCCGGAGCCCCUGCUGGCCAACAUCUCCCUGUCCUGGAACAAGAGCUUGGAGCUCAGCGGCGACAUACAGAUCACCUUCGAGUACGGCCGGCCCACCAUCAUGGUGCUGGAAAAGUCGACGGACUACGGCCGCAGCUGGCAUCCCUUCCAGUACUACGCCGACGACUGCCUGGACGCCUUCAACCUGCCAGCCAAGCAGGUGCGCGACCUGUCGGCCGCCAACAUCACACGGGUCCUCUGCACCGAGCAGUACUCCCGUUGGGUGGGCUCCAAGAGCGAGAAGAACGUCACGUUUGAGGUGCGCUCGCGCUUCGCCGUGUUCGCGGGGGUGCGGCUGCAGAACAUGGACAACCUUUACACACGCAUGGAGAGCAUGAAGGGACUGAGGGACUUUUUCACCUUCACCAACCUGAGGCUGAAGCUGCUGAGGCCCGCCCUGGGGGGCACCUACGUCCAGCGGGAAAACCUCCUCAAGUACUUCUACGCCAUCUCCAACAUCGAGGUACCAGCAAGGUGUAAGUGUAACCUCCACGCCUCCCAGUGCCUGCUCCAGGACGGUAACCUCCAGUGCAUGUGUGAGCACAACACCACGGGGCCCGACUGCCAGCGCUGCAAAAAGGGCUUCAAGGCCAAGUCCUGGAAGGCUGGCUCCUACCUGCCGGCGCCCAACGGAUCCCCCAACACCUGUGCUAUUGCUGGUUCCCCAUCCGGUUCCAACUGUGAGUGCUACGGCCAUUCCAACCGCUGCAGCUACAUCGAGUACCUGAACAUCGUGACCUGCGUCAGCUGCAAGCACAACACCCGCGGACAGAACUGCCAGUACUGUCGCCUGGGAUACUUCCGCAACGCCUCGGCCGAGCUGGACGACGAGGGUGUCUGCGUGGAGUGUAACUGUAACCAGCUGGGCUCGGUCCACGACCGCUGUAACGCCACCGGGUACUGCCAGUGCAGAGAGGGGGCCGCCGGGCCCAAGUGUGACGACUGCAACCCCGGCUACUACUGGAAACAGGGCUGCUACCCCGACAUGUGUGACGAGGAGCUGCUGCUGUGCCAGAACGGGGGCAGCUGCUACGAGGGCCAGAGGUGCGUCUGCCCGCCCGAGUUCAAGGGGGUGCUGUGCCAGCAGUCGCGCUGUGAGGGCGGCCAGGACUGCAGCGCCGCCCCCCCGGCCCGGACCCCCGCCCCCCUGCUGCUAAGCGGCCUGCUGCUCCUCCUCCUGGCCUCCUCGACGUCCCCCUGAACGGCCCCGCCCGACCCCACCCUCAGAUAUA